ACUCUGAAGCAUUAGGUGGGCCCACAUAAAAUUCAUAUCAUAGACACAUAACUCUCUUCCAUCGAUCCAUUGCUUGAAACGACGUCAAUUCAAAUCUUCUCUUCUUCAUAGACGCUGCAAGAAACCCUAGUUCUCUCUCUCUCUCACUCUCUCUCUCUCUCUCUCUCUCUAUGGAUUUCUUCAAAUCUGUCUUCUCAGACGAUCCAGAACCCGCAGAUCCCCAAAAUACCCCUCCCUCCUCACCCAAUUCACAAUCAGACCCCCAAAACCAUCACCAUCCAGACCCAACCCCAACCCCAAGCCCUAGCCCUAAACCCUCAAUUUCCUCAAUCACCAAUGCUUGGUCCUUCGGUGGCCUGAUCAAAACCCUAGCUUCCAAAUCCGAGUCGGUGAUCGAGACCUACAAGCGCGAUCUCGAGGAAUUCAGCUCGGGUCUGAGGAAAGAGACAGCCGUGAUCCGGGAAGCCGCCAGCCGCGCCGUCAAGGACCUCCCGACUUCGCUCGAAGCCGGCGCCGCCGCGGCUCAGGAGUCCCUCGAGUCGGUCGGUCAAGCCAUCGAUAAUAUUGGAAACACAGUCUCUGAGAUCAUAUCUCAAGGUAAAGACUCGAUUCUUGAUAAUGAUUCUGAUAGUGAAAUGUUUGAUUCUAAGCACAUUAGUAGCAGUAGUAGUAGUAACAAUCAGAACAAACCGUAUAGUAGAAUUGAUGCUCAGAUUCGUGGUGUUCAGUGUGAUUUGAAUACGUAUUGUAAGGAACCGGAGGAGGAUUUGGAGGAGUAUAAUGAGUGGAAAUUAAGGUUUAAUUUGGAUGAAAUGGGUGGUGAGAUUGAAGAUUUGAUUGAAGAGAAUGGGGUGAUUGAAGAGAUUUAUAAUGAGGUUGUUCCGGGUACAGUUGAUCGGGAGAGUUUUUGGAGUCGGUACUUUUUUAGGGUUUAUAAGGUUAGGAAAGUGGAGGAGGCGAGGGUUAAGCUCGUGAAGAGGGUGAUUUCGAGGGAUGACGAGGAGGUUUUGAGUUGGGAUGUUGAUGAUGAUGAUUAUGAAGCAAGUGGUGGGUCUAAGUCGAAGGAUGAUUUGAAAGAACCGGUUCAAGAGAAAGAAGAUGCUAUGGAAAAUGCUAUUGACGAUUCAAAGGUUGAGAGUGAAGAUAAGAGUUUAACAAGUGAAAAUAAUGAUGUGGGAUCGAAAAGUGACAGUGGGGUCGAUGAGAGAGUGCAUUUGGAUAAUGUGGAGGAGAAAUCUGAUGAGAAAUUGGGUUCGGAAGGGAAGGCAGAAAGUGGCGGAUCGUGCAAAGAUAGUGACUUUUCAGUUGUUUCAAGUCAACCAUCAAUGCCAGAGGAAGAAGAUCUUGGGUGGGAUGAGAUUGAAGAUAUUGGGAGCACUGAUGAGAUUAAGGCGACUGCAAGUGGGAGCCCAAACAGAGCUGAUUUGCGGAAAAGGCUGAGUGCUAUGGAGGAAGAGGAAGAGGAAGAUCUCGGUUGGGAUAUUGAAGAUGAUGACGAGCCUGUUGUUAAGUCGUGAUCCUAGUUACAUCUUGAGAUUAUAAAUGUUGCGAGUUAGUUCUAAUUUCUAAAACUACUCUCUCCAAUGGUUAUAUCUUGUGAAGUGUUGUUGUUUACGGAUGCUUUUUUAUUUAGUAUAAAGUGUAAAUAUUUCUUUGUAUCUUCCAAACAAAUUCAUGUGACUAUAUCAUUGUUUUUAUCCCAAUUUCAAUCCUUUACUCUAUUAAAGAAACUUUGUUGUGGCCUUUGUUUUCA